AGAGGCGUGAGCGAGGCGCAACGCGGCGCCUUCAAAAGCGAGGAAAUUCAGUGAAAGAGCCACUUGUCCAGUGACAGUGCUUUCGAGAUGCUCGUUCAGCGGCGUAGGCUGUUCCCCCUCGCUAAGGAACAAAUGUCGCCGAUCUCGUCGCCACCGCUGAUGCUCAAUUUUCGACAACAACGUCGUCGACAGGACCGCGAAGCUACCUAGACGACGUCGAGUCUUCUCCUCGAAUCAUCCCGGAAACCCUAAAAGGGAUUUUAAAGGGUUCGCGUCUCUUCGCGCGAGAUGAUACGCGAUUAGCAACCUCGAGACGUCCCGGAGAGUUUUCAGAAUACUUGAAAGAUUAACCGAGUUGGCACCCAGGCUACGUCACUGGCGGGGUCCCCGUGACACAGAUCGGCGGCGGCAACUAUAACGGUACCCACCGGCGUGACCUACUCUCGACGAAGUCGCGCUCUCUCGGUCCUUCCUCCUUCGUCCUCUUCAUUUCGCGUCUCUCCCGCGGACUCUCCUUUCGUCCAGGGCCGAAUAUCCGGCUGGGCUAAUACGCGCGACGCUUGUUCGAUCAUCGACGCUAAGAUACACGAGGUUCAAAUGACAGUCCCGCACCUUUUGUCUAAAUGAGACAGCUCUUUUUCAAGCCGCUUCCGCUUCAGGAGAUCUCGUCUGAAAACGAUCGCAGUCGCAUUUAUUCCGCGUUCGAUCGGGAAUCUGGAGAGCCAGGACGGGCAGGACGGACGUGGGCGAGGCGAGACGGUCGGCCGCCACUGCCGCGCGUAUAGCAUCUUCUCUCCCGUACGCUGGCGGGCUACACACUUUUUCUUCCACGUGAGAAGCAUCGUCACGGGUCGCCUCGUCGCAUGGGCGGACGGUCGACCGGGCCGCGGCUGAUUACGGGCAGUAAUGAAAGCGGCCUGCUUGCACGCGGUAGGUAGGCAGGUGCGCGCCGCUGUCUGUCAUGUAGCCUUCGUCCCGUCGUUUCCGUCGCACACGUUUUCUGCCGCAUCCGUCGCAUCCUCGCGUCGAGGCCGUCAAUGAGACCGACAGCCGCUGGCCGCCGUUAUCGUUGUCGUUCUUCGCGCACCCUGAACAGGGUGAUUACGCGUGGGGUACGUGCGGGAGCAGUUUUAAACGUUAGUCGGUCGGCUGUUACGGAUCCCGCGGGUCCAGCCGCUGGACCAGCGAGAAUCAAGAGCCCUCCCGCGAGUUAUGAAAGCGAUCGCGCCCUUCGUUCUUCAGGUGAUUGCAUUGCAGCUGACGAGAUGCCAGAGCGGCGGUGGUGGCGGCGGCGGCGGGCCGAGCACGUUCGGAUACGACGCUUCCUCGGCUUGCAGCAAACCGUACUCGCGCGCUGGACGCGCGCACCACGAGGAUUUACCCUGUGACUUUCGCCAACAGAACUGGUGCACGAUCGCCGGUAGCUCUUAUCCUUGGCAUGCGGUACGCCGAUUUGUGCAAGAGAAUCAGGGGUUGAUGAGACGCAUGUAUGGGGACGAGAAUUACAUCAGUGUUCUCCGAACGGAAUUCGAAAAGAACGAUAUCGAGCUAAAAUACGACGAGUAUUAUCAUCAUUUCGCCGACGAUCUGAGACAAUUCCAAUAUGACGAUGAUUACGAAUUUAUCGACGACGAUCGGGCAAAGGAUAACGAGUAUGAAGGUCGCGGAUUCACCAGUCGCUCCUUCAACGAUCCUAUCGCCAAGCGAAUGAAUAAGUUCUCGAAGCUCAGUGAGUACACCAGGCCGCAUUUCAGGCCCACCGAACGGACAACUAGUUCGACCACCCCUUCGAGUACGACGACUACUUCUUCAACUUCGUCUUCGACGUCGACCAGCGCCCCGACUCUCGUUACGCGUGCGUCGUCCUCAACGACGCCCGUGUCUACUUCUACCGUUACGAGCAUGGAGGAGGUCAAGACUCAAACCUCCGUAACGUCAACUUCUCCAAAGUUUUCGAACAUCACUACCAAGGUUGCUGAUAGUGAUUCUGUGGUGAAUAGCACGACAACUACGACGACGAUGACGAUGUCGACAUCGACAUCGCCGAGCGUUACCGUGGCUCAGAUCGUCAAGGAACAAAAUUUCAGCAUUAACGAGAUUCCCGGGCAGAACGAUAGGAUCGAUGAGGAGUUGGAGGAACCAGAACCAGAAGUGGUAGCGUAUUCAGAGAAAACGACGAUCGAAGACACAACCUUGGAACCAGCUGGAACGACGAGGAGUGUCCCUACGGAAUCGCUGGUUGAUCAGGAAGAAGAGGAGGAGGAAGAAACGCUUGGCGCUGCUACAAAGACUACGGUACAUGAAGAACUAAUAAUCGCAGCGAGUCAUGAGCAACAGCAACAGUUCAGACCACGUCCUGAGUAUCGGCCUUCGGGCAUGGCUGAGACAUCGACAAAUACUGGAGGACAGCUUUAUCAAGAUGCAGCGAAGGAUCAGCAGGAGCAGCCGGUGCUGAAGCUUAGAGGAGUGAACGCCUGUCCCGUCAAGGAGGAAGUGGUAGCGCCGUUUUGGGCCAAUAAUACUCGCGGCGAGGUCUUGGCCCUCCUCAAUCUGUAUCCCUUCGAGCAAUAUGUCCAUUGGGAGAAGUGCACACACGAGAACAAGCAAAUGUAUUGCCGGGAUGGAUGCAGAUGCGAGCAGCAGUAUCGGCUGCAUCGGCUGUUGGCUUACGACCCCAACAACGAGUGCCGCGGCAUUUUCAGCGACUGGUUCAAGUUUCCCAGCUGUUGCGUCUGCCGUUGCUAUGAUCUGCCAUUGGAAUUUCGGGUGACGUCGCGUUCGCCGCGCACCUCGCACAAACGACGAAUCAAGGUGCAAUCGCCAACGCGGAACCGUUACCCGUGAUCCAAUUGUCUUCUGGCUGGCCGGCCGCCAAAUAAUACACGCGCGUAAGUUGAGGGCGACCAGCUAGAUAAGAUCCUCUACGCGAAAUUCUAACGAGUGCAGUACAAAUCAGUCUUUUAAUUAAAGAUCCUCUUUCUAUUUAAUUCAGAGAUUUUAGAUUUAUUGUUGAUGUUUGAUAUCUCUUUUAUACAUGUUCA